UACAGUGUCCUAGCUGGAGGUCAGCAGGGAGAGAGUGGAGAGUGUCAUCACUGGGAAUCAAACCUGGUGUUAGUACCCCUCUCCCAGGCAGGCAAGAAGGGAGAGUUUAAGAAUUCUGAGCUAUCAGACAAGCUCUGUGUCUCCCAGCUGAUGAGGGGAAGGAUGUGGAAGUGUGUGGGAGUGGUUGGAAGGGUAGUAGGGAGAGGCUCCAGAGACUUCGUCUUUCCCUCUGUAACUGCUCAGCUCAAGACACAGAUGUGGCAGCUCCUCAAGGGCCACGACCACCUCCAGGAUGAGUUCUCUGUCUUCUUUGACCAUCUGCGCCCAGCAGCUAGCCGGAUGGGUGACUUUGAAGAGAUUAAUUGGACCGAGGAGAAAGAGUAUGAGGAGACUGAGUGGCCAGAUGGGGCCAAGGACUGUGCCUGUUCCUGCCACGAAGGAGGUCCUGAUUCCAAGCUGAAGAAGAACAAAAGGAGAAACUGUAGCCACUGCAGCAGCAAGGUCUGUGACAGCAAAUCCUACAAAAGCAAGGAGCCCGAGUUGGUGGGCAACAGCCCCCACCGAGAGGCCAGUCCCAUGCCUAGUGCUAAGGAAGCCAGGCAGGGCCAGGAUGUAAUGGAAGAAGCACCAGAGGAGCGGGAGCGUAUUGAGGCAACCCAGAGCAGGACUAUGAGGACCACCAGAAAAGGCGAGAUGCCUGUUCCAGGACUUCCAGUAGGGAGCACUUUACUUUGCCCUAGAGAAGUAACUCUUACAGAACGGCUUCUCCUGGAUGGCCCACCACCUUGCUCACCGGAGACUCCUCAGCUUCCACCAAAAGUGGGAAGUGCACUGUACACUGUGAGGAGAAACCAGGCUGGGCCUGAGGUUCUCUCCUGCCCCCAGGCAUCCCCCAGACUUCAGGAGAGGGAGGACCAAAAGGCAGUGGGUGAGGCAGAGCCUUCAAUGCUGGUCUGGGAUGCUUCAGAAACUGAGAAAUUGCCUGGUACUGCUGAACUCCCUGCUUCCUUCUCGAGUCCUCUUUCCUCAAAGACCAGAGAUGUAGGGAGAAGACGUGUGUCUGGAAAGCCAGAUACAGAAAACUGGCUGCUAUCAGGCAGAUCUGGGAUGAAGACAGCUGGAAGGAUGUCCCCCGUCUGUGAAUCUUCAUCAGGAACUGACACCUCAGAGACUUCUUCCAAAGCCCCUAGAGGGGGUUUGGCUAAAGACAGUGGAAUCCAGGGCAAAGGGGAGCAGCAGCCAAAGGCCACAGAAGCAACCGUAUGUGCCAACAACAGCAAGGUCAGCUCCACCGGGGAAAAGGUGGUCCUGUGGACAAGGGAAGCUGACCGCGUGAUUCUCACCAUGUGCCAAGAGCAGGGAGCACAGCCACAGACCUUCGGUGUCAUCUCCCAACAGCUGGGAAAUAAGACCCCUGCUGAGGUUUCCCACCGUUUUCGAGAACUCAUGCAGCUCUUCCACACUGCCUGUGAGGCCAGCUCUGAGGAUGAGGAUGACGCAACCAGUACCAGCAAUACAGACCAGCUGUCUGACCAUGGGGACCUUCUGUCUGAGGAGGAGCUGGAUGAGUGAGACUGGGAAAAUGUGGAUGUUGCCUGCCGAGGACCAAACCCAACACGCACCCUGACGCUGGGGGAGAGGAUGGUUGUACUUUGC